CGUAGGUAAAAUGUCAUGAAGUUCAAGAGAGACUUACAAGUCUGCCCGCUCUUUCAAAUCUACUCUCUCAUCAUUCAAGAUGUGUGUGCUUCUUGCCAACGAGGCUGGCUCUAUUUCUUUCAUAGUUAUAUGGAUCCGUUUUUAUCUGCACCUUGAUAAUUCCCCGCCAGCUUCAGUGUAUCGGGUUUCCAGCGAUCUAUCGUUAAUAUAAAUUCAAAUUAUAUUUGAAAUAUGGCAGAAGAGGAGCCAUUCUACUACAUGCGCCCUGGCCAUGUCAUCGCAGCAGCUAUAGCCCUUUCCGUAAUCGAUAUUCUCGUCGUUGGGCUACGAUUUUGGGCCCGCAAAGUCCAGAAACAGCCAGUCAGGGCUGAUGACUGGCUCAUGGUGCCUGCUACACUUAUUACCGUGGGGAUUGGUAUUUGCCAACUCUACGGUGUUUCGCAGAAGGCACUAGGGUAUCGAACUAUAAUACCGGACGGCUUUCAAGGAAAUCCUGUCGAACUUGUUACUCCGCAGCUGAGUCUCAAGUCACAACUCGAGUGGAUUUUCUUUCUCAUGCUCCCCAUAGCAACAGGAUGUAUGAAGGCGAGCUUUCUAUUUUUCUAUAUGCGUGUCUUUGCGAUCCAGGAGCGUAGCCCCAUCAACAAAUUUCUCAAGGCGUUCAUCGUCUUUACAGUGGUAUGGGCCGUCGCCUUUUUCUUCGGGGUGUUCUUUGAAUGCGGUCGCAAUUUCUGGGCUAUCUGGAACUCGAAUGUGGAAUUCCAGGCGCAUUGCUCCAGUUAUAUGAAGCUCAUUCUUGCUCUAUGUAUUACCGACUUCAUCGCUGACGUAUUCAUAAUCGGUAUUCCGAUUCCACUGGUGCUACGAUUGCAAUUAUCCCCUAGGAAGAAAUUGGGAGUCUGUUCAUUGUUUCUUCUCGGAAGCGGGACUCUUAUCGCUUCAAUAAUACGAUUUGUACUCAUGGCUGGAAGCUAUCUAGGAAGCAUUAAUAUCACAAAUGAUAGUAUUCUUGGAACAACGGCCUGUUUAUACUGGGGAAUGAUCGAAUGCGGCAUAGGAGUUUUAGCAGCAUGUUUACCGACUAUCCAGUUCCUCUUCAGGAAAUGGAUUUGGGAACCAGUCAUCUUGUCUACCAAAAGCAUGUUCAGCUCGCAAUCUACUCAGACGACCAGGACAUCAUGGGCAGGCAGGUCGCAUCAAGCUUCGAUUCAUGUACAGCAAACAUUCCACGUUACCUAUGACCAAGUUCACGACAUCUCUAGUCGAUCAACAUCGCCGAAUAAUCUGCCAAACAUAUCGAACGAGAGACUCGUACGAGAAUCAUAUCCGAUGCAAGACAAAUGUGUUAGGACGGUGGCGUAACGGCUAGAAGAAUAUAUGUGGUUAUGGCCCUAGAAUAAAGAGGUGUGUGCAUGGUAUAAUCUGAAUAUGAUCUAGGGGUUAUUAUAUGCGAUGAUGAAUCCGGGUAGCUCAUUCUUAUAUUUUG